GGAGCGCCUGACUUACACAUAUCUGUCCGGAUGAAGCGGCAGUUUGUAUAGGUCUCUCUCGCGUGUAACUUUUCCGUUGCCUUCACCAGUUCUGCAGCACAGGUUCCACCAGCAUGGCUACUUUGGCGAGCGUUGCCGUGUUGUGCCUACUCGGCCUUUCUUCAGCACAGUAUGAAGAGUCUGUGGAGCACCUGCUGACUGACAACGUUACGCAAACGGUUGAAGAUACGAGGACCAAGGAAAUUAUGUUUAGGCAGAUGCUUGACGAAGUUCCAAGGUUCGACGGCGGCGGGAUGAUGUUCCAGGGGGACAUGCUCAUGACACCGCAAGAACUUGGCGAACUGUACGAUUUGGCGCCACCGCGAUCCAUCAUAUGGCCCGGACGCACUGUGCCAUACAGGAUUCACGAAAGUUCAAUAAAUGAAACAGACUUGAUACGGACAGCGAUCGCACACUGGGCCAACAACACUUGCAUCCAGUUCCGAGAGCUUGAGCCUCGUGACCCAGCAACCGACUUCCUCGUAUUCGUACGAGGCAACGGGUGUUGGUCACGUCUCGGUUACGUUGGCUCCACACAACCAAUUUCCAUCGGCAGGAACUGCGAGACGUUGGGGACAGUAGUCCAUGAGAUCGGCCAUGCUGUUGGGCUUUAUCACGAACAGUCACGGGGCGACCGUGAUAAUUUUGUGGUCGUCAACUACGGCAACGUCCUUGAGGGAAAACGAUCUCAGUUUGACCAAGCGAUCCAGAAGAGGGACCACGGAGCACUCUACGACUACAAGUCUGUCAUGCACUACUCUAGGAACGCUUUUGCUGCGACCCCCGAGAUGAAAACACUGCUCCCCCGGAACCCCCUGCUUGCUCAUCUCAUUCAAAGGGGUGAUGUUCUCACCUUCAGGGACAGGAGGAAAGUGAAUCACCUCUAUCAGUGCGACGCUGAUUGCAAAAGCAAGCCUGAUUGCCAGAACGAAGGCUUCGUCGACCAGACUUGCAAGUGUGUCUGUCCUCCUAAUACAAGGGGACUUAACUGUGAAGACCUAGUGCGGUCUUACUAUGCCCGACCUACGUGCGGCGGGAGAGUGAUCCGCGAGAAGACAAUCGUAUCCCCAGGCUACCCCGACGGGCAAGAACCACAGCACAGGCUCUGUGUGUGGUGGAUACAGGCUCCCAAGGACAACCGGGUCAGGCUCACGUUCCGCGACUUCGACCUCUUCGGCAGGAUACGAGGCAGCUGCAUAUAUGACAGUCUGGAAAUUCGUUUGGAAAACAUCUAUCUAGGAAGAACAGUAUGCGGGAAUGAAAUCCCUGCCAAUACAACAGUGGAGUCCUCAAGACGAUCCUUAGUUCUGGAAUACAAACCUCACGCCCAGUUUAGUAGGGGAUUUGCAGUGGAAGUCACGUUCGUGCCCACUGCUGAAGCGGACGUUCCAAAGGAAUAAUGUCACGUCACGCUGACGUCGGACCGCUUUGACUGCUUUUAGCUGUCUGAACGGAACGUCCAAUAAACGUCCAAACGUUCAAUAAACGUCCAGUAAGCGUCCAAAAAACGUAAAAUAAAUGAUUACUCUGUUGGAAAUA